UGUGUCAAAUUUCAAUUUUCAAAGUGAGACUGAGACCGAGGAUUUUUGUUUGUAUUUAUUUUAAGCCAAAAAUAUCACAUUUCAGAUUAAUAAACAAUAAUUACUAAUAAAAAAUUAUGCUAAGGUUCAUCUAAAUGUAGGCACAAUGGCAUUUUUGGAGUGGCGUCGUUUUACAUUUUUUGAUAUACACAAAAACGUAGACAAUGGCAAGAUUGCAGAAUGCUUUCAAGACACCAGCGUAUCCGUGGCAACCAGCGGCAACAACCACGUGGUACUCUGUGACGUCACCGGCUGGGCGCACCUCAUCUCCCGCUCCUGGGAGAUCACGUCAUUCAAAGCGUACGACUUGACAGUGAGCCUCGGACAGCAGUUGCCACAUGAUCCGUUUCUAGUUACUAUUGGGGAAGAUGAAGCGGGAGUGACGCCAUUAAUAAAAGUAUGGGACUGGUCUCGAGUGGACCGGCACGGGAACCCUAAGUGCGUGCGGACCUCGCGCGCGGUCCCUUCGCACAUGUAUCCCACACAGGCCACUGCACUUGCUGUGCAUGAUAAUAAGAAUCUCCUAGCAGUUGGUUUUCAAGAUGGCUCAGUGACGCUAUAUCGCGGUGACAUCACGAGACAACGCAGUGGGAAGAUGAAAACAUUACCAGACACCGGGUCUAGUUCUAUAACUGGACUCGCAUUCAAGGGCGCAGACAAGUUGUUCGUGGUGUCGCGCGUGUGCGUGAUGGUCUGCUGGCUAGGCAGCGAGCGGUGCGUCGUGUUGGACGCGAUGGGCGCCGCGCCGGGCUGCAGCGUGCUGGCCGACGGGCACCGACUCACUGUCGCCAACACUAACGCCAUAUAUUGCUAUACGACCGACGGGCGUGGCCCGUGCUACGCGCUAGAAGGCGAGAAGCUCAAACUGAACUGGUUCCGCAGCUACCUAGUCAUCACCACCCACGAGACAUCAACCAAAGCGUCCAGUUCAACAUCACCCAAAAUGAACCACCUCACCAUACUGGACAUACAGAAUAAGUUCAUAGUUUUUUCAAAAUCGUUCGAUGAAAUUGAUGCAGUUUUGACUGAAUGGGGAUCUUUUUACAUAUUGACAAAGAAGAAGGAGAUGAUAUAUUUGGAUGAGAAGGAUCUACAGUCCAAAUUGUCUAUGCUUUUUAAGAAGAAUUUGUAUGAUGUUGCCAUAAGAACAGCUAGUAGUCAGCAUUACGAUAUUGAGGGACUGAUGGAGAUUUAUAAACAGUAUGGUGAUCAUUUGUAUAGCAAGGGUGAUCUAAAAGGAGCAAUAGACCAAUACGUCAAAACGAUAGGCUGGUUGGAGACCUCCUACGUAAUACGCAAAUACCUCGAGUCCCGACAUUUGGAGCCUCUAGUGCAGUACUUGGAGGUACUCCAUAAAAAGGGUUGUGCGACCGAAGACCACACCACUCUGCUGUUGACCUGCUACGUGAAGAUAGACCAACACGACCAGCAGGGCAAGUUGAAGGAAUUCAUCAACUCUAAAGACAAGGCCAUUGAUUUCGAUGUGGAUGUCGCUAUUAAGGUUGUACGUCAAGUGAGCGUAGACGACGCACUCUCUCUAGCGGGCAAUCACAAGCGGCACGACUGGUACCUCAAGAUGGUGAUAGAAGACAAGAAGGACUUCCAGCAAGCGCUGGCAUACAUCGCCAACCUUGAGUACGAGGAUGCUGAUAUGUACAUGAAGAAGUACGGACACAAAUUGAUACAUAACGAGCCAGAAGAGAGCACUAAACUACUCAAAUUACUCUGCACGGACUAUAAACCACGUGACCGGCCGUUGGUAGACGAGAACUCGAUGUCCGGACGGUUCUCCGAGCCAGACCGGUCAUACCCGGACGAUUUCAUACACAUGUUCCUGAGCAACUCGGAGCGCCUCAUAGACUUCCUGGAGCACAUGAUCUCAGUCGACUCGAAGAGCUCCAUUUUGGUGUACAAUGCUCUCAUCGAACAUUAUAUACAUGUUUGGGGUAAAUCACCAGAGAGCGAUAAAAAAACGUACGAGCAGAAAAUAUUAACAAUACUGAAAGAUCCUGACGCUAACUUCGACCGAGAUCAAAUACUCAUCAUAUGCCAAAUGCUGGGAUUCAAAGCUGGCAUCUUGCAUUUGUAUGAAGACAUUAAGUUAUGGCGCGCGCAGGUAGCCCUGCACCUGCGGUCGGGCGACGCGGAGAGCGCGCUGGGCGUGUGCCGCAAGCGCGGCGCGGCGUGCCCGCGGCUGUGGCUCGACGUGCUGUGGGCGCCGCCGCCGCCCGCUUGCCUGCCCGAGCUGCUGCACGUGGCCGCUACCGAGAAGUUGUUGUCACCGAUUCAAAUCAUCGAUUGUUUGGCGAGCACACCCAACUAUACUCUUGGAGACGUUCGCAAAUAUCUAAUGGACGUGUUAAAGUCUGAAGAUGACGUCAUCACACGGGAACAAGAGCUAGCCGCGAAGUAUAAAUCCGAGAUAGAGAGCAUGAAGUCCCAGAUCCAGGUGAUCCAGUACGAGGCGAUGACCUUCCAGAGCUCGCGCUGCACCGCCUGCAACAAGCCGCUGGAACUGCCCACCGUGCAUUUCCUCUGCCAGCACUCCUACCACCAGGAUUGCUUCCAAAUGUACUGUGAGAGCGAGCACGAGUGUCCGUCGUGCGCCACCAGCUCGGGCCGCAGCCGCGCGUCGCUGCCGCCGCCGCCUGCCGCCGAGCAGCUGCACUCCAGGCUACAGGCCGACCGGGACCCUUUCACAGUGGUAUCAGAAUACUUUGGGCGCGGUCUCUUCAACAAGGUGACAGUGGUGACGGAGCCGCCCGAGCCGUCCGCCAGCCCGCCCGCGCCCGCUCCCGCUCACGCGCCCGCCGUCGCGUCCGCACAGACGUACGGCCCGGGCGCUGAAGCCAAGCUGAGGUUACAGGAGGGACAGAGUAAACAAGUAUUCAUACCAAAUGCUACAAAGCAAGUCGCACCCAAAGGCACGUCAGUCAUCCCCGUGCCAGAAGGCAGGAUGAGGCUUCUAGAACAGCAGCAAUAUACCUCCAGCCUCGAAGCAAACCUCACCAGGCUCCAGCCCAAAGUCCACAAAUCUCCAUACCAAUCCCCCUUGCCAUCCAGAAAGGAAGAACCAAAGUUACCACAGAGUAUAUCCACAGCUAUCGCGAAUGAAGGCAAAAAUCCCUUCGAUGAUACUUACGAUGAAGCCAAAAAUCCUUUCGCCGACGAUGACAGUCAAGACACUAAGAAUCCCUUCGCGGAAGAUGAUGAUUAUGAUAAGAAUUUGAAUCCUUUCGCGUAAGGAUUCUAAGGUAAGUAUUUGAGUUAAUAUAUUCAAUCGAAAGACUGUUUUGUUAUGGUUAUUUGUUUAUAUAAAGAAUCACGAGAGAACGACAGACAUGACUUUAAUAAUUACUGUAAAGUUUAAAAAUUAUUUCGUCUUAUCCGCAUUAUCAUUUAGAGCCGGUUUUCCUCAGGUAUGAUAGUUUUAACAGGCUCAGGAUUACAAAAAAAGGAAACCAAUGUCAAACAAAGGUUAUGAUUCAAAAUAUUUGUCACGACAACUUAAUUAACAAAUCACACUGUAACCAAUACAAGACCCUAGAAUAGAAAAGAAUGUCCUCCAACAGAGUCACGCACUUGUGGACGUUGUGUGUAGGGUAAAGACGUCUUUGACAGUUAACUAACACUCCCCAUUUCCACUCAAGUCAUUGAAUCUAUUGACCUUUGGGUGCAUGAAUGACAGGCUUACAAUGUUAAAUGUAUCCAACAUAAUCUACUUUUAAGAUUUAAUUACUAAAUAUAUAAAAGCAAAACAAUUAAAAAAACGUGCGAAAUGUUUUAUUUUAAAUAAUAAAUUUUAUUCAUUAAAUUUGUUGAUCUGUGUUUUAAUAAUAAAGAAUUAAAUAUUAUUUUUUAGUAUUAUAUUUGUGUAGUACACUUAAGUAUUUCUGUUAGAUAGUUAAAAUAACUUUAUUUACUUUUUAUUAAAAUAAAUAAAUCAGUCAGUAGUUUAUUAAAAAUUAGUGCUUCAGUGCCUCCUUGUACUUUUAUUAAUCAAAUGUAAUGGAAAAAUGUUUACUUUAAUUAAUUAAUUUAGCUUACCCCCAUUUGUAAGUUAAUUUAUAUAAUUAUCUAUGAUUUACAUUCCCACAUCGAUUAAGUUAAGGCGAUGGUAGUUUUAUAUAAUCUACUCUUUAUUUUUAACCGACUUCCAAAAAGGAGGAGAUUCUACGUUCGGCUGUAUGUAUGUUUUUUUUUCUGUAAAAUAACUGUCAACAGCUAUUGUGAUACAAUAAAAAUAUGUAUAAGUAAAAGCA